UAUCCGUGACUCCAUUAGCGCAAGAGAAGGCGGCGUGACUUGGGGCUUGGGUUGGAUUUUUGGGCGAUAGUGCCUCGCCUCCUAUGCGGUGGACUGAGCCUUGCAUGUACGCUCACCGUAUGGACCGUUUGGCUCGAACUGUCUUGAGCCCAAGGAAAUCUGGGCCUUUAAUCGUCGUCACCUAGCUCGCGGAUGGUCCGCACGCAGUUUCCACCGUCAGUAUCGCAUUGGAGUGAAACAACUCCCAUCAUUGCCACCGAUUAGGAACUUAGGAAUGGACUCGCCGGUGCCUGCUACGCUCGCGCGCGCGCCAGCGAGACCGCAAGCGCGGGCGGGCGAGGAGGCUUGCGCGGAUACUCGGCAGGAUGCUCCGGCGGAAGCGGAGCCACCUCCCCGUCGGCCGGCCGCGUUCUACAGCUCCGUGUUCGCGCAGAUCGAAGAGAUCGGGUGGAAGCAGCUGGUGAGCGCCACAGGAGACGGAGUGUCCUGUCUCACCUUCCGCGUCGUGGAUGAACCAGGACGGAUGCAUUUACUGGAGAUCACACUGCCCAUGGGCUAUCCCGAAAGUCCUCCUUCAAUCUCUGCAGACGUACCAUAUCUCCCGAAAAUACAUUGGUCAAAAAACUCAAGACUGAAAGAUGUUAUUUGCCAAUUUCAAGCGCACUUGAAAAUCUUGCAAGAGUUCUGGAAUACGAUGGACGAGAUUGAUAAGGUCCUUUGGAUUGUUGAUCCAACAAAGCCGUCUUAUGCUAUGUCUCAUCGUCGUAUAGCUUUAGGUGACGAUUGCUACAUUUUGUUGCAAGUUGAUGCACGCAAGCCCAACUCCUUACCAGAGUGUCGCUUCUUGGGCACAGAUGGCAAACUUGAUCAGCUGAUAAUAAAUUGGAGAAAGAACCGUAAAAAAUGGGAUACAAAGAAAAAAUUCCAUGAGAAUUUGGCAGCCGUCUUGGACUUUGCACUGCCUUCACCCCCUUCGGUCGGUGAUAAAGCGAAAGAUGACGAGCAAGCUGAUUGUGGGAUAUGUUAUGCCAAGCAUCUGCCAGUUGUUCUUGCUUCUCUGAUCCGCCAGAUGACGAACUCGGUGCCCACAGCGGGUGUGCGACGGACUACAUGUGUGAGAACCCCAGCUGCAGCAGAGCCUUCCAUUCCGUGUGCCUGAGAGACUGGUUGCGCUCCAUCACCACGACUAGGCAGUCGUUCGAUGUCCUGUUCGGGAACUGCCCCUACUGCAGCGAUCCCGUCGCCGUCAAGAUCACCGGCCACUAACACUGUAUCUUGGUCAGCGUUUACAAAGUCAGCCAGGCGAUUUUAGGUGCACCUUAACUUGCGUUUCACGUCACACAAGGGAGAAAACGAGACUAUUUUGGUUCCUGCUUACAUGUACAAUAGCCAAGUGUCACCUUCGGUUACGUUAUCUAAAUGAGCUCCUGCUUACAUGUAGUAUUAUGUCAGUUUCCUUUCAGAAAGGUCAAGAUCGCUCUAGGUGGAUACAUUCGUCCGAUUUAGCGGAGCUGCAACUGAAAUAUGUCAAAAUUUGCCGCCGGCUUCUAGAGAACAAACGCUCUUCUAUAGAAGGGAAGGGGUUAUUCGAUAAUAAUUCUACAUAAGAGUGGUUUUACGAGGCGACUCGACUCGUUUCGGCUUGAUUUCAGACCUAGUCGUAGUCGAGUCCUUGUGCUCUCCAUCGAGCCCAUGGACCCAUCUAUAAUGUAUAGCUUGAUCUGAAUACCCAUAGUAUAUAUUCUUAACAUUAUUCUCUUAGUCGUCCAUAGUAUACAUUCUUAAUAGUAGGUCCUGAGUUUUAUUUGUCCGAGUUAUUAAAUCAAGCAGAUAAGACACUUAUCUUGAACCUUCUAGGAUAACUUGAUUUUGUUGUA